CAAAAAAUCCCACCCUUCUUUUCAUUUUUUUUUUUUUAACUCAUUUCAACUUCUUAUUGUAACUGUAAUUUAGUGAUAUACCUAUUAAGUUCCAAGUUCUUGUUUUUGGAGUGUAGCUGUUUGAUUAAUUAUGGCUCAAGAAAUAGUAAACCCAGAUGGAGAGGUUGUUUUGGCUGAAGAACUUGGAAAUGCUAGAGUGGUGACUUUAAAUCGCCCAAAACAGUUGAAUGUCAUUUCAUCCAAAGUGGUAAAAUUGCUGGCAGCAAAUCUCGAGAAGUGGGAGAAAGAUGAGAAUGCAAAACUUGUUAUCAUCAAGGGUGCUGGCCGGGCUUUUUCUGCUGGUGGGGACUUGAAAAUGUUCUAUGAUGGCAGGAAUUCAAAGGAUUCCUGCCUCGAAGUUGUAUAUCGAAUGUAUUGGCUUUGCAAUCACAUUCAUACAUAUAAAAAAACCACGGUUGCUCUUGUUCAAGGAAUCUCAAUGGGUGGAGGUGCAUCUUUAAUGGCUCCGAUGAAGUUCUCUGUUGUGACUGAAAAGACGGUUUUUGCCACACCUGAAGCAAGUAUAGGCUACCACACGGACUGUGGUUUCUCAUACAUACUUUCUCGCCUUCCUGGUAGACUGGGGGAAUACUUGGCUUUAACAGGAGCGAGGCUGAACGGUAAAGAAUUAGUUGCUGCUGGACUUGCAACACAUUUUGUACCUUUGGAGAAACUGCCUGAGCUAGAGAAGCACUUAUUAAGGUUAAACACUGGCGACGAGGCUGCUGUCGGAUCUGCAAUCAAGGAGUUCUCGACAGAUGUUCAGAUUGAUGAAGAAAGUAUCUUGAAAAAGCAGUCAAUAAUCGAUGAGUGCUUCUCCAAGGAUUCUGUUGCAGAGAUUAUUAGCUCAUUCGAAGCUGAGGCAGGCAAAGAAGGAAAUAGUUGGAUUAUGCCGGUGCUUAAAGGCCUAAAAAGAUCAUCCCCAACAGGUCUAAAAAUUACUCUAAGAUCGAUUCGGGAGGGGAGGAAGCAAACGUUGUCUGAAUGUUUGAAGAAGGAAUUUAGAAUAACAAUAAAUACACUAAGAACAAGAAUAUCUGGUGAUGUCUAUGAGGGUAUCAGGGCUCUUACUAUUGACAAGGAUAACUCUCCAAAGUGGGACCCUCCAACUCUUGAAAAGCUUGAGGACGAGCGAGUCAACCUCGUCUUUGAGCCAUUUGAAGAAGAAGAUUUGGAGCUCAAGGUUUCAGAAAAUGAACAGUACAGGUGGACUGGAAAAUACGAGGAUUCAGCAUACUGUCAUCAGUGAGAAACCAAAGUACACUUUAGUAAAUUCUAUGUUGCUCGGACUCUUCAAAAAUGUUGCCGGAUGCAUGCCUGAUCCUUCAAAAGUAAUGCAUUUUUUGAGGAUCCGACACGAGUGCUGCGGCUGUUUUGGAGAUUCCAGGCAACAUAGCGUCAGUUUAACAGCAUUGGGCAUUGCUUUUAUAGUCCUUGCUAUUUUAGCAUACUCUUGAACCAAAAUUAUCUACUGAUGUUAUAGGCUUAUGGCAAUAAUCAAUCAACUCGAUUCUCUGAAGAAAUUGUUCUGUUCUGUCUUGUUUACAUUUUAAUAAUGGUUUUGGCUUA